CAUGGGCAAUAUAUAUAUUGACAUUUCUCCCUACGAUCAAUACUCACGCACAAUCUUCUGCUUUACACUAGUAAUCAAUUCACACUCUUUCAACAGCUUUCGUUACUCCAUUUUCAAUCUCCAGAGGCAGUUAAACCCUCCUCGCGCAAUGAAACACUCUCUCAUUGCUGGCAUACUAGCGAUCAGCGGUAUCGCUAGUGCCUCUAAUUCAACCGACCCCGACGAAUAUGACUAUAUUAUCAUCGGAUCUGGUCCAGGUGGUGGUCCAUUAGCUGCUGGUCUAGCACAGCUAGGCGCCUCCGUCCUUCUUAUGGAAGCUGGAGGGGAUCAUUCGGACGAUGUCGCCCAAAGGCUCGCAGCGCGGCUACAAUUCGCUGGAGAAAAUGCCCCGCAUUCGUGGCAAUUCUUUGUGGAGCAUUACCAAAACGAGACCCAGGCUCGACGUGACUCCAAAUAUACCUACCAAUUCAGCAAUGGCUCUUACUACUCUGGAAUCGAUCCACCGGAGGGUGCUAAGCCCCACGGCGUCUUGUACCCCAGAGGUGCCACACUUGGUGGUAGCGCUCAGGUGAAUGCGAUGAACGGCCAAUGGGCUCCAGAUAACGAAUGGGAUUACAUCGCCAAUCUCACUGGGGACUGUACCUGGGGCCAUGAGUCGAUGCGAAACUAUCUUGUCAAGUUGGAAAAUGCUACGUACGUUCCUCAGGGUACGCCGGGUCACGGGCACGACGGUUUUCUCCAGCUCCUCCAAGCUAGCACUUUUGCGGAGUUGGAAUUUCCCAACCUUGCCAGCUUCUACUCGAAUAUGGUUCUCGAGGUCGAAGGCAGCCGUCCAAACGGAACGGAAGAACUUAGGGAACGCUUGGUACGGGACAUCAACAGGAUUGACAACGACCGAAACAACCCAUCUGCAUACACGCCUCCACUUGCGGCAAAUCCUACUACCGUAUCCCGGAGUGGCAUCGCUGAGUACGUGAACCGUGUCGUUGAGCAGGGCUACCCCCUCACGCUUAGUCUUCAUUCUCUUGCCAAGAGGAUUAUCUUCGAGGAGUGCCCAGAGAGCGGAGAGCCAAGAGCUGUAGGUGUGGAGUAUCUAGAAGGUGAAGGUCUAUACUCAGCCGAUAACCGAUAUGAUCCCCAGCAACAGGGCAUUGAAAAGAGUGUUCGCGCGAGAAAAGAAGUCAUCGUUUCCGGUGGCACAUUCAAUACCCCUCAGAUCCUCAAAUUGAGUGGUAUUGGACCCGCGGAAGAGUUGAAAGAAUUCGACAUCCCUGUUGUCGUCGAUCUCCCCGCUGUUGGCAACUUUAUGCAAGAUAAUUACGAAUCCGGAGUCCACAUUCGGGCUGAAGAACCAUGGAUCGUCCCGCACCCCCCCACACCAUCAUCACCGAAUUGUACACGUACUUAUGAUGAUUCCGACCCAUGCUUCGUUCUAUGGGAGCGCAAUGCUACCGGUCCCUACACCCAACAAAUCGGUGCCGGGUACACAGGUCGUAGCAGCGUUUCAUGGGAUGCCGAUGGCGACCUUGUCUUCCUCUGUCAACCCGGUCGCCAAAGCACAGGUUUCUUCCCCGGUUAUUCAAAUGGCACACAAAACCCAUUCUUUUUCUCCACCGCGGUGAUCAAAAUGCAGACGGCGAACCCAGCCGGCACAGUCAAGUUGCAGUCAAAGGAUCCCCGUAUAGCACCUGCUAUCAACUUUAACUUCUUCGAGCACAAUGCCGAGACUGACCUACAGGCCUUGUCUGAAUCUGUGGACAUGCUGUUGCGCUCGUUCGACGGAACAGGCGUACCAUACGAAGUCCGUGAACCUAAGCCAGGCAUGCCCGUGGAGCAGUCCAUCAUGGAUGAAGCCUUUAGUCAUCAUGCCACGUCGAGCUGCCGGAUGGGAGCUGAUAAUGCGACUGACACUUGUGUGGACAGCAAGUUCAGGGUGAAGGGCACCAAAGGCUUGCGGAUUGUCGAUGCGAGUGUCUGGCCUCGUGUCCCUGGUGCCUACAGCAAUCUGCCGACAUUCACCAUGAGUAUGAAGGCUAUUGACGUUAUCUUUAAUAGCGUCUAG